GGUUAAUUAAUGCAUACAGUAAGUAAGAGCUUUGUGCCCCUCAAGUAAAGUGUUAGGCCUACCCAUUUUUCACAAUAUUCAUAUGGCUAAUUUCAAAGCUAGUCAAUCGUAUUCAUUUAAUGAAAUUGAAAUGGUCAGUUUUUUUUCUACCUUUCCAUAACGAAAAAGGAAAGGGACACCGAGGCUUCACACCUCUGUUCAGCGCAGAUAGCGUCACCUUUCCAUGAGAGCGGGAUCUGCGCAACGCAGUCGAGCGGAAGUUCCUAUUAUAGCGGAGGGGAGGGGAAGGAAACCCAUUACUUCCUACUUUUGUCUCAGUCAUAUUAGCCGUGUACUGUAUAUAAACACAGCAUGACCGCUGGCAGCCUCACUUCCAAGCCUGUUGCGAUAGCAGAUACAUGAUUACGCAGACGUCCCCAUAUCGCUGAGCUUCGAUCAGAGGACUGACGAACUGCGAGCCACGCUUUCCCUCUUCCCAGGAUCUCAUACUUCUGCAUUUGCAUCUGUCCAGAUUUGUUUUGCACUCGGCAGAAUGACAGACGCGGAGUCUCUGCAGCAACUCUACAAUCCCAGGAGCAGGUGGCCGUACCGCUGCGUAGUGGCGUCGAUUGCUUUGCUGUACCUGCUGUUGAUGGGAACCGCGGUGUGGAUACUGAUAUCCAUGCCUAUUUCUGACACGAAGAGCGAGCAGACGCAGUCUGGUUUACGGCAGGCAGCAUCGGAUCCUAGCAUGAUGGAGAAAACAAGAGUAUUUUACCUGAAGCCCAAAUCAGAUGAAGUGAAAAAUCAGACCAUGGACUGGAAGUCUUCCGUUCCCGGGACCUACAACGACACCCAGCGCGCAUUUGUAGUGCCGCGAAAGGGCAACUACCUGCUCGGUGUAAACCUGGUGUUGCAGUGUGAGACGGAUUGCCCCACCGGUUCUCUGAAGCUGAAUUUCACCAGCGACAAAGGCCACCUCAAAAGCUGCCGCAUGAAUCUGGAGAAGGAACCCCCGUCGUGCAUCCACAUGCUGGACCUGCCAGCUGCUUCGCGCAUGAUGGUCUCAAUGGGGGCGCAGGGGGAGGCAGGGAAGUUGGGGGAGACUUGGAAGGUGGACGUCAACCGCUCCCAGUGGUGGAUCUUUAUUUCGGACGAGUGAAGGCUGGAUGGAGUCUGGUCAUCCGAGCUGAAUUUGCACAUCUGACUCAGGGCACUGCUGGCAUUCCCCGAGUCCCUAGACAGAGGGUCUACCUUGACGCAUUACCAAGAAUGAUUUAGACCUAUUUAUUAAUAUUUUAAAUAUAUUUUUAUAUAUAAUGCUUGUAUGUAUAAAUAUCUAUUUAAGUUACGGGUAUUUUGUAUAAUAGACAUUUUAUACAUUGAUUUGAAUUGCAAAAUAUAUUUAUAAAAUAGACAACACUAAAAUGUAUUUAAAAAUAAGUAUAGUAUUGUUUACAUAGUAUUGUUUUUAAAAAAAAAAAAAAAAAAAAAAAAAAAGAAUGUACACUUCUCCUACGUGGUAUCGCGUGGGUGUCGGCUGCCUGGGACCUGCACCUCACCUGCCUGGACCCUCCAAGUUAUGCCUUUGAAUUAUUUUGGUUAUAAAUGUAGUGUCAUUUGAGCCAAGGCUGAUACACUUGAAUCCAAUAUUGGUUGACUGUAUUCGUGAUGACGACAGCGGUAUCACGCCUCAUAUGACUCCGGAACCAGCGGCCUCAGGCAUGUUUCGUCACCGGCAGUGAUUCUCCAGUGACGUGGCAAUUCUGCAACCGCUCCUCGUGCUGCGCCAGCAAAUGCUGCGCCGCACACCGCCACCUAGUGGCUGUCUUAUGCACUGUUCAUAUGUAGGCUGAAAAAAAUACUGUGGUUAUAAAGAACUCUCACAAAAUGUGCUAUGAAAACUUUAUGAUUUUUAAAAAUGUCUUUAAACCAGUAGGUAUAAAAGCAACUUUUGCUAUUUUUAUACAGUAUUAGAGGAUACAUUUUAUGUAGUAUUUUGGUUCAAGGCACUCUAAUGAUUGUCAGACUAAUGAAUAAAGUAAAAUGUUUUCUCCCACA